AUGGUGCCGCCGUGGUGGCUGCUCGUGGCGUUCGUGUUCGGCGGCGUGAGCGCCGCGUUAACGUCCAGCCGGGUGGUGCGCACCAAGUACGGCGACGUGAGCGGCGUGAUCGUGACGCCCGACAACCGGCGGUUGGACGCGGUCGAGGUGUUUCGCGGCGUGCCGUACGCCUCGCCGCCCGUCGGCUCGCUCCGGUUCAUGCCGCCGGUCACCGGGUCGCUGUGGUCGGGCGUCAAGGUGGCCGACCGGUUCGGCCCGGUGUGCCCGCAACGGCUGCCGAACGUGUCCGACGAGACGGCCGCGCUGAAGACGAUGGCACGCGGCCGCAUGCAGUACCUGCGCCGCCUGUUGCCGUACCUGCAGAACCAGAGCGAAGACUGCCUGUACCUGAACGUCUACGCCCCGGCACAAGGUUAG